CACGUGUGUAUUUUUUUACUUGUAUACUUUGAGUACACUGCACUUUCAUACUUUUAUGUUGAGUCAAGAGGUUGAAUCAAUGUGUACUUUUACUGGAGUCGGUUUUUUUGUGAGUAUUUGUACUUUUGCCUCCUCUCAGAAUAAAACACCGUCGUGGUCAAUAUUUCCGAACAUUGUGGUGACCCGUGAACGCGUCAUAAUUCAUAUCCAAUGAGACCCCGCCCUGUCCACCGUGUGUAGCCGCGGACUGUCGCUCCCUGUCCGGGUUGUUCAGCAGCGGCGGCGCCUUCUCAGCGUCCCCCCUCCAUGGAGAGCGACUAGAUAAGAAAACAACCCCUUCUCCUCGGGUCGAGCCGCCGGUUAGCUCCCGCGUGAGAGCUGACGGGCUCGGUGUGACACGGGAUGAUGUAGCGGAGAAACUCCUCUGGAAGAACUGCGCAGCACAUUAGCAUGCUAGGCUAACGCGGAGGAGAAACUAGCCGGGGAGCUAACGGCGGCCAACGUUCACCUGCGGGCUGCCGCCGCCUGACCGACGGGAUGGAAAGUGUGAAGGAAAGCGGCUCUGGAGCGGCUUCGGGCCCGCCAGCACCACAGGGGAUGGUCGAGUCGACCAGUGACACUGGCUCCGGGAAGCCCAGUGGAUUGACGCCGCUAUCCGCCGGGAAGAGACCUUCCAUCGGGGAGGAUGACGGAGGCGGCGCAGAGGCGAAACUCUUCGGGAAGGGACUCGCGGCCACCUCCCUCCUCCAGAUCGCGAUCAGGAACGGGAUCUAUCAGAACCAAGUUGCCAACGCUAUCGGCGGUGCGGCCAAAACUAUGACCAUGCCCGCGGUGAAGACAGCCAACAUCUACAGCCUGACGUCCGCCAACAGCAGCACUUCUGUCAACUCUUUGCUGAGCCGGAGGCGGCAGCGGCACAAGCGGAACCUGUCGCUGGGCGCUCCGCCGACCAGCAGCGGCUCGGCCGGGGCGCCGUCCGCGGAGGCGCCCGUUCCCGCUCCCUCCGCCUCGCCGCUGAGCACCCUCAGCCUGGACAGGAGGACGUUUCUCCGGCAGAAGCAGUCCAAGCAGCUCCAGGCCUCGGAUAAGACCUGGGUGAGAUCGGACCUCCGGCGGGGCUGCGUUCACGUCCACGACUGGCUCACGCCCUCCUACCCGCGCCCGGUGCUGUGCACGGUGGACACCACGGCUAAAGAGGUGGCCUGUAAGCUGGAGGGGAGCAAAGCUGGAGCCGUGCUGAAGAUUAACUGCAAAACCGCUGCUUUAGUGGAUUUAAAUGACAACUGCAGGGACAGUAACGAGAACCUCCGUGACUCGGUGGACGUCAGGAACCUCAGAGCCGAUGAGAAUGAGCACAUGAAACAUUAUUUUCCUGAUUCUAAACUGUCGGAGGAUAAAACAGCCAGUAACUCUUCCUCUGAGGUGUAUCUGGAUGAUGUCGGGCUGGAACUGAGUCUGAGUGUGGCGGACUGUUACGGGCUCUACUCCGGCUCAGACAUGGAGGGCAGCACCUGUGAGGACCUCAGCCCGGGGGGCCCCAGGAGCACCGAGCACCGGGACUCCCUCAGCGAUGGCCUGGGCCUGGGCACCGACUCCUCCGUCCUGAGCACAAACUGUGACAGUGCCCCGGAGGGUCCCGACCCCUUCGAGAGCUCCUCGGAUGAAGUCGAUCUCGCCUCCUCUCCGACCCACUCACCCGGGGACUCUGCCACAGACCAGCAGGGAGACCCGGCCUCUGCCGCAGACCCCUCCAACCCAGUGACAAGACCGGAUCAUGACAUUGAAACUGCACCUGGGGAAAAUACAGAUCCCCCACAAUUAAUCAAACCUCCCUCUAAGUGCCCCAGCAGCUCUCAGUCGAGGCCCCUGACCAGCCAAGCAUCUGUGCAGCCUGACCCGGAGACCCCCGGGGGGAGCAGGGCAUGGCCAGAGCCCAUCAACACCAGUCCGACCCCGGCCCUCUUUGUGCAGCUGCACGGCGGAGCUGUGCGGCGGCUGGGGGACGAGGAGAGGCCUCUGCAGAUAUUAAACCAGUACCUCUCUAAUCUGGGGUAUGAGGAUGCUUGCAGGGUGCAGGAGGAGGGCAUGAAUCCGGAAAUUGGCUGCCUCAUACGUUUCUACUUUGGUAAGCCUCGCAGCGUGGGCGGCUCUGAGCGUGUGCAGCUCUCAGGGGUGUUCAACGUGCGGAAAGGGAAGCUUGCUCUGCCGGUGAACCGCUGGUCAAGGCGUCAGGUCACGCUGAGUGGAACCUGCCUCAUUGUCUCGUCUGUGAAACACGCCCACACUGGCAAGAUGCACAUCCUCCCGCUCAUCGGAGGAAAGGUGGAGGAGGUGAGGAGACACAGUCACUGUCUGGCUUUCAGCUCAGCUGGUCCUCAGAGUCAGACGUACUACAUCAGCUACGACUCCUACACGGAGCAUCUCCGCUGGCACAGGGCGGCCUCAAAGAUUGCGUCGCAGAGGGUGAACUCAGUCGACCUCUCGUGCUGCAGCCUGGAGGAGCUGCCUGCUCAGCUGUUUUACAGCCAGGACCUCACCCACCUCAAUCUCAAAAACAACUUCAUGUCCCCUCACAAAGGUGUUCCAGCACUCACCAGGUGAGUUUGU